UCUCAAAAGUGCAUUUUUUGCUAUACCUAUUUUGAUGUUUCACAAAAGUAAAUAAAUGGAAUUUCGGUAUUUUACCAAAAACUAAAAUAACUAUGUUUUGUAAGUUUUACGACUAAAACAAGUAAUGGAGUCAUUACCGGAACCAAUCGAACGGUGCAUCGGCUGUUUUAAUAAUGACAAUGUUCCUCAAAUAUAUAGAGUGCAAAGCGAUGUUUUAAAAACAGUUUUUCAGACUGAUAGGCUGAGCCUAUGUUAUAUUUGUAAGAGAAUAGCACAGAAUGCAGAACUAUUCGUCCAUAGUGUGCAAGGGAACCAAUUGUUACUGCAAAGUUUAAAGAGUAUUUCAGAUGGGGAUAUAAAAGCUGUUAAGCUAGGGACUCAGCCAUUGGUAGAUCUACAAAAUGCGAGCACACAUACGAUUGAUGUUUGUGAAGAUAUACAGGCAGAACCUUACCCUGUAUUAGUCUUCAAUAGAAGUAAAGUCCACUUGAAGGUGGAAAAAGUCGAAAAUGGGAAUCAUGACGAUUUUACGGACAAUGAAGUAGAUUAUGACGAGCCAUUAUUAAUUAAAGGAGAAAAUGAAAAUACGCAAGAAGUAAAAUUUGAAGACAAUUUAAUAGAUAGCAUUGAUAAAAAAACCAUAAAGAAAUUGAUAAAAAACACUACAAAACUCAAGAAAAAAUCAAAAAUUAAAAGGAAGAAAUGCUCUUCACCAUGUGAUGUGAAAGAUGCACUAAAAAUAGACACAGUAUACAUAACCAGGGAGCAAUUUAUGAAGGAAAGGGAGGAAUUGGAAAAGAAAAAAUUAUACUUAAAUUCAAUUUAUAAGUGUGAGAGUUGUGUCAAAGGAUUUGCAUUCAAGGAAAUUUAUGAAAAACAUAUGAGGAAGCACAGUGAGGCAAAUGGUGAAUAUGAAUGCGAUUUGUGUAAACAAAGAGUUAAUUCGCUUGAGAAAUUAAUGAGCCACGAGAAAUAUCAUAAAAUCCGAUACAGAUGCGGUGUAUGUGGGAUAAUGAGAGUGUGUCGGGAAACCAUUAAAUGUCACUAUAAUUCUGCACAUUCCAACGACAAAGAAAUGUUUGCUUGCACACUUUGUAAACGGAUAUUUCAACGGAAGGUGUCGUUAAGGAAACACAUGCACUACACGCACAAGCUGCGGCGCGUCACUUGUGACUAUUGCUUUAAAAACUACGCAAAUAUCGAGUCGCUGAGGGUGCAUUUGCUCAAGAAGCACUCGAAGCAAGCGUCCAACGGUAUAACACCAACGAGGGGGCACGUUUGCCCGCAGUGCGGGAAGGGAUUCUAUUCCGCGGCCACGCUGCGGAUACAUACCGAAACGCAUUCCGAUACGAGAGAUUACUAUUGCGUCGAAUGUAAUAAAAAUUUCAAAACGGAAAUGUCAUUAAAACAACACUUAAAUAAAACGUCGCCGCACGUUCAGUAUGUGGAGUUACCAUUGCAAUGUGAACACUGCGACAAGAGGUUUGGAAUAAAACGGGACUUGGAGAGGCACAUGAAUAGAAUUCAUCUCAACAUUAGACCAUUCCAGUGUGAUAAAUGCGACAAGGCAUACGUAAACCAGUGGUCGUUAACAGAGCACCGAAGGUACACGCACGAAGGUUUCACCAGGCCGCGUGUGUUUCCUUGCUCCAUGUGCGAUAAGGUGUUUAUGAGGAAUUGCACACGUAAAGCGCACAUGCGCACGCACACGGGCGAGAGGCCGUUUAAAUGCACUAAAUGUUUGGCGCAAUUCAGCCAAUCGGGUGUUCUCAACACGCAUAUGAAAUUAGUGCAUCUAAAACUCACGAGGGAUGGACGACCUAAGACCGCAGCCACUGGUUUAAGAUAAUGUAAAUCAUACCUUACAAUAGAGGCAUAAAAGCGAGAAUCCUUUACAAGGAAAGAGUUCUUUACCAAGAAAUAUUCAAUAGCCAAUUAGGAGGUAUCAGGAGGAAGUAAUUGACCAAUAGGUAGCGAAGUAUUUGCAAAAUGCAACUUCGAAAAGAAACAGAUAACUAUGAUCUUAUUAAAUCUAACAAGGCAUGUGAAAUAAUAGUGGUAUUUGUAUGUCUCAUACAAUUAACAAAAAUCAAUGUUCAAUUAUACACUACACAUUAAAAAAAGGUAUUAUGCCAUCGUUAAUUCUGUCUAAAUGAGAGUACCAUAUUAUGCCAAUAUAAAGUAAUUUUUACCAUACUGCACGAGUAUGUCUCUGUUUAGACAUACGUGUCUACAACGGUACAUCAAUUUUUUAUCUUCUUCUCUUCUCUUUCUCGGUUCAUCAUAGUUUAUUAAAGGAGUCUUAAAGAAAAUACUCAUAAAUUGUUUUAUUUUAAAACUUUGUUUUUCUUCCUAAAACAAUUGUA